CCCCGAUCUAGACCCCGGAUCAUGUUGACCGUGUUGCUGCUGGCCGUCGCGUUGUUUUUCGGCGACAAAACCCUGGCUGCUCCUUAUGUCAGAUGCAUCCUGGCCCUUGCCAUUCUAUGCAGUGCAACCCACGCCGUCAUCUCCCCGCCUCCCUCUUUUUCCGCCUUUUUCAAGUACUCCAAUGCCUUCCUCUCGGGGGCCUUUGUUAUUCGCGCUGUCGAGCUGCUGCUGGUCUAUGACCUGCCUCGCCUGAAGCGCCUUGGCAGCGUCGCCGCUUCGGCCUCGCCACCCAAGUAUGUCUGGAAACCUCUUCCGACCGCGUUGGGCGCGACUCGCUUUCUGUGGAUCUGCGAUCUCCUCGUCAAUCCGCGAGCCAUCGGUUGGAACUACGGACCCGUCCGAUAUCUGCCGCCCCUUCGCGAUCACCGCCAGAGCAAGAAGGCCUUUGAUGACGUCAACUCCAUAGACCAGGGCGCCGAGGUAUCCCCGGCCACCUUCUCCAAAAGGCAGCUUCGACGCAUUGUUUUCGGUUAUCUCAUUCUGGAUGCUUACCAGUCGACGUUUGGGAGGAAUUAUCUUGCGCUUUGUGAGACCCUCGCGUCGGCAGCAACGGCCGGCUGGGGGUCUCAGAUCUCCACGGAGGCCAGCGAAAUUCUAGUCCGAAAGUACCUCUUCGGUCCAGUCUGCUGGCUCACCUCCUACGCCUUUGUUGACGGGGUCCAUGCAUUGUUUGGUCUGGUCGGCGUCGGCGCCCUCGGGAGCAUCGCUCCCAAGCUUUCCGCGGAACCAUGGAUGUAUCCGCCAUUGUUUGGUCCGGUGCAAUCCCUCCUCACCUUCCGCCUACGAGAUAUCUGGGGCAAGUUCUGGCAUGACCUCUGCCGCCGCCCCUUCCUCGCCCUGUCUAUCUCGCUCAUCCCCAAAUCGUCGCCCCCGUACUUGAAACAGCUCAUUGUCCUGUACACUUCGUUCACUCUCUCCGGGGUGAUCCACGCGCUUGGCUCCUAUGCCGUCUCCCGCAACCUGCAGGCCGCGGGCAUGAUGAUGUUCUUCUUCUUCGUCCUGCCCACCUGCAUCGCCUUGCAGCAGAUCAUCUCAAGCGAGUUGUUACCUCGCUUGAUUCCUCGAAACCGGGCCUCUCGGGCCAUGAUCUUGGUCCUAAACGCGGCGUUCGUCUGGGCGUGGGCGAAUCUGACCUGUCCCUGGUUCAUUGAAUAUAGCAUGUUGCCGCAGUCGAUGGCAUCGAUUCCGGUGCCGUUCAGUUUCUGGGGGUGGGUUUGUCGCAGUCACACCCCAGACUUUGCUUUGGCAGGGUUGCGGUAAGAACCCGACUCUACAGAGUGAUCAUUGAUCAUUUUUGUUUCUUGAAUAGAAGCGCUGCCAUUCUAAAACUAGAUCGCUGAGCAUCGUUGCAUCACGGCAUACGUGAGCGUUCUUUUCCUGUCUUGCGACAAGAAAUCAUAUAGAGAAGCGCCUUGGUUUGGUCAAAAGUCAGUUGGAU